AAACCUGCGUGUAAUCGCAACUCCAUCCGGCUCAUCGGCGAGUCGGCGUCGCGUCACUCCCGUGCUCCGGCGACGGCGGAGGAGGAGGCGGAGCGGUCGCCGGAAGCCGUCCCAGCGGCGGCGGGGGGGAGAUGGGAGUGCACGGGCUGUGGGAGCUGCUGGCUCCCGUGGGGCGGCGCGUGUCGGUGGAGACCCUGGCGGGGAAGCGGCUGGCGGUGGACGCGAGCAUCUGGAUGGUGCAGUUCAUGCGGGCGAUGCGGGACGACAAGGGCGACAUGAUCCGCGACGCCCACCUCCUCGGGUUCCUCCGCCGAAUCUGCAAGCUCCUCUUCCUCCGCGCGCGCCCGGUCUUCGUCUUCGACGGCGCCACCCCGGCCCUCAAGCGGCGCACCCUCGCCGCCCGCCGCCGCCACCGCGACGCCGCCCAGGCCAAGGUCCGGAAGACCGCCGAGAAGCUCCUGCUCUCCCAUCUCAAGGCUAGGAAGCUUGAAGAAUUGGCAGCUCAAAUCAAGAGUGACAGGGCUAAGCAUGACAAUAAAGGCAAGCAAGUUGAGAGCAGUAAAAUGGGAGAAAUUGAGAAAAUUAAUGGAGAGCAAAAGAAAAACAACGAUGGAGAAAACAGCGGGGGGAUUGUAGCACCAAUCGACCAGGAGAAACUGGAUGAACUGCUGGCCGCAUCACUUGCUGCAGAGGAAGAGGCAAAUUUGACUGGCAAAGGAAAACAGUAUACUGUAAGUGUUCCAUUGCAAGAAGCAGCUGACAUUAGUGAGGAUGAUGACGAGGAUGAUGGAGAGAUGAUCUUUCCUAUGACAACAGGUGAUAUUGAUCCUGCAGUAUUAGCUUCACUCCCUCCAUCAAUGCAGUUGGAUCUUCUUGUUCAGAUGAGGGAGAGAGUGAUGGCUGAAAACAGGCAGAAGUACCAGAAAAUUAAAAAGGAACCUGCAAAAUUCUCAGAGCUCCAAAUACAGUCGUACCUGAAAACUGUUGCUUUCAGGCGAGAGAUAGAUGAAGUUCAGAGGGGUGCUGCAGGCAGGGGUGUUGGAGGCGUCCAAACAUCAAAAAUAGCAUCUGAAGCUAACAGAGAGUUCAUUUUCUCAUCAUCAUUCACUGGUGAUAAACAGACAUUAGCACAAAGAGGCGGAAAGGAGCAUAUUGUCGAUAGCAUUAAAUCAAAGAGGGAAAUCAAUCCUGCUGUCUUCAAAUCCAAUCCCACUAGUAGUUCUAGCUCAAUUAAGCCUAACAACAGUGAGCCUUUGGGGAGUUUUGGACCUGAUGUUGAGACAUAUCGUGAUGAGAGAGGAAGGAUUAGAGUAAGUAGGGUCAAAGCAAUGGGAAUUCGUAUGACUCGUGAUAUUCAAAGGAAUUUGGAUUUUAUCAAAGAGCAUGAACAGGUCAGAAACAGGGGGCAUGACUCUGUAGUUGAAGGAUUAGCUAACAAUGAAGAGCCUCCAGAUUUUCCAGAACAUCUUUUUGAAGGUAAUGGGCUGCGGAGUUCUCUUCAUCUCAGCGAAGAUUAUGAUGAAACUGCUAGCGAUAACCAUCACACAUCAUCACUAGUAGGAUCUGACAAAAUUUCUGAGGGUGAUUAUCAUGGAAGCAAAGAAACAAUAGAGAUAUCCUUUGCUGACGAUCAAACAGAAGUGAAGGACAAUGAUGACCAAAUUUUCUUGCAUUUAGCUUCUGGAGCUUCAUCCAACUUAUUCACUACAGAACAGACUGAUGGCUCUGAUUGCAUUACAAAAGAAGGCGUACUUGAAAGUGAAACACCUCCUAUGCAAGUUGAUGAGAAGGAUCACCAAGCAUCACUGAUGGACAAUUUCUGUACUGAUGAUGAGAUAGAGUGGGAAGAAGGUGGUUGUGAUGUUCCUGGAGGUCCUUCCAGUAAUGAAAACGAUCAAUCUAAAGUACCGAAAGGAGAUCUAGAAGAAGAUGCCCUUGUUCAGGAAGCUAUAAGGAGAAGUUUAGAGGAUUUUAAGAAGCAAGAACAUGAAAAUGUGACCCCUGAAGAUUUACAGGCAUCUUUUGAAGACAAACCUUUGCAAUCUUAUGAUGAUGUUCCUAAGCCAGCUGGAGCUGCAGGAAAGACAGCUGAUAAAAUUGGGAAGGAAAUAAAUUGUGAAGAGAAUGAUAUAGUGCAUGGAUCACUUGUAGUUGAUGGACGAGAAAACGAGAAUCAGACUCAACCCGAGAAUAGUGAUGGGCAUGCCGAUAUGAAGAGAGCUUAUUUGUUGGAUCCUCUCCCUCCAUGUAAUAUGACCGCCAGUACUAGUGCUGCAAAAUCACCUGAGGGCUCAGAAGUUCAGCACCACAAUUCAAUGUUACAUUCAAUCAGAACUCCCGAGUGGCCUAAGAACGAUAGCGAUAAAGUUAUGACGCAAUACAGUUUGAAUUCUGAUAAUUCAAAGUGCAAAAUAGAUGAUUCUUGUACUGGAGAAACCUCGAGGUCACUCCAAAAUGACCUUUUGAUGGAUGAACUGGUUCCUGACACUGCUGUACAAAAAGAAAAUAUGAUCCAGAGAACUACGGACUUAUCCACAUCUGAGAUAAACUAUACGAAACUGAACGAUAAUGUUGGUAUAUAUAGUGUGUCAGCUAGUAAUCUAGAAAAGGAAUUAUCUCUUCUGAGACAGGAACAAGAAUAUCUCGGAAAUGAAAGGCGGAAGCUUGAAAGCCACGCAGAGUCUGUCAGCAGUGAGAUGUUUGCUGAAUGCCAGGAAUUGCUUCAAAUGUUUGGCUUGCCAUAUAUAAUUGCACCUAUGGAAGCUGAAGCUCAGUGUGCAUACAUGGAAAUGACUAACCUUGUCGAUGGAGUUGUUACUGAUGAUUCAGAUGUUUUCCUGUUUGGUGCAAGGAAUGUUUAUAAGAACAUAUUUGACGAUAGGAAAUAUGUUGAAACAUACUUAAUGAAGGACAUUGAGUCUGAGCUUGGUCUAACAAGAGAACAAUUAAUACGUAUGGCAAUGCUUCUUGGGAGUGACUACACUGAAGGAAUUAGUGGCAUUGGCAUUGUGAAUGCUAUUGAAGUUGCACACGCAUUUCCUGAGGAAGAUGGGCUCCAAAAGUUCAGGGAGUGGGUUGAAUCACCAGAUCCAACUUUACUGGGAAAACUUGGUAUGGAAAGUGGUAGCAGCUCAAAGAAAAAAAAGUCUGGCAGAAAUCAUUCAGACGGAAAGGGAAACAGCCUUGAGCCUGAAUACGCUAAAGGUUCUGAUGACAGCCAAUCUUCUAAUGAGACCCAACGCAUCAAGGAAAUAUUUAUGAGUAAGCAUAGGAAUGUGAGCAAGAACUGGCAUAUUCCUUCUACUUUUCCUAGUGAAGCAGUCAUAAACGCAUAUAUUUCCCCACAAGUUGAUGAUUCAACAGAACCAUUUUCCUGGGGAAGACCAGAUUCAGGCUUACUGCGCAAGUUAUGUUGGGAAAGGUUUGGGUGGAGCAAGGAAAAGGCUGAUGAACUGCUAAUUCCUGUUUUGAGAGAGUAUAAUAAGCACGAGACUCAACUACGCAUGGAGGCGUUUUACUCAUUCAAUGAGAGAUUUGCAAAAAUUCGUAGCAAAAGGAUUAAGAAAGCUAUCAAGGGUAUUACAGGGAAAAGCUUUCUAGAGACAGAUGAACUUGAUCAUGAUAGUCCCAGUACUAGUAAUACCAGCAAGAAGAAAGAGAGAACCUCCUCUGGUCGUGGUAGGGCUAAAGGGCAAAGAACCAAAGAUGUUGGGCCUGGUAACACAGGAAAUCAGGACUAUGACAUUGCUGAUAGCUUAGUAGAUGCAGGUGAACAUACUACAGAAAAAAGCACGUCCAGUAAGAAAAGAACUGCAAACUCCUCUGGUGGUUCAAGAGGCAAAGGAAGAAGAAGCAUGAAUGCUGCACAUGUGAUAAUUGGAAAUGGGGAAGAUUCUGAUGUCUCUAAUUUAGCAUCUGAUGAGGAUUCCCAUAUUAGACAUACCAACGACUAUGAAUCAGAGGGAUUGACAUUACGCAGGUCAAAUAGGAAGCGUAAGCAGGUCACAUACGCGGAAGAUGGUCAGGAAGCUGAUGAUAAUGAUGUUUCCAUACAUCAAAUCGAUGAAAAUCAGGGCCAAGGUUCUUUGGAGGAGGACAUGUGUCACAUGGCUGGACUUGACACACAAUCUAAUCUGCUCCAUCAGGAUACGAGUGAAUUAAACAUCGAUCAAACGCAUACAGAUCCCUCUGAUAUGAACGAAGAUCCUUCGGGCUUUGAGUUACCCGAGGAUUGCCAUACGGACACUGCACCAAAAGACUAUCUCUUCACCGGUGGUGGAUUCUGCAUGGAAGAGGGUGACGAGCAAGAUACGGGAGUGGAUCAAUCUGGUGCAGAAAUGGAGCAUGAAACACGUGAUGCCUGUGAGGGUAUUGACGAGGUUUCUGAAAGUCAAAGCGGUAAAAGCAUGAGCUAUUCGGCGACUGGAGAGGGCACAGAGAAUGCAAAUACAGAGGCCCGAGGGGCGUCUUCAUCGCAGGGACGCAAUGCAAGCCGUGGUUCAGGUGCCGUGCCGAAGCUUACAAAGCGUAGGAGAAAAUCAUGACUCAUUUGCAGCAGAUCAUGCCUCGCACAUCAUGCCGUUUUGUUCAACUGGGCAAGGUCACGUUUCGAUUUGUUCGGCAGCCAAUGAGUUGCGGGCUUGCGGCGUUGUCGUCUGUAGGCCAAGUCUGAAGACUGAACAAAAUGCAGGUCGGCAUUCUGCACACCGUUUUCAGGCUUUUUCAGGUUUCUGUCCAUUGUUUUUCUAGGACAGUUAUCGUAUAUCGGUGUAAACUGAUUGAAGUGAACAUUUAAACCUGACGUGAUUCCUUGCAUCAGGAUGUAUGUGUAACGCAGGCUUACCAACAAAAGCAAUGCACCCGAUGAAAAUACUGAUAAAAUUGAAAUACACCCAAAAAAACUGACAAUUGUUCUCUA